AUGCUGUUUACACAUAUCCCUACAUCACGUAUGUACGAGCAAGCGUACGCAGUGUCCUCCAUACUAGCCCAAUCUGGAGGUGAUACUGUGACUCCAACCACACCAAUCAAGUUCUACAAUAUCGGCCAGCUCGGCGACGUGUUUGACUGGCUUGGCAAUGCUUUUGUGCCGUCGGUGUUCGUGACACAAGAUCAGAAUGGCGUGGAGCUACCGUCAGAAGACUACGCUCGCAUAGGUUUGUUCAACAAGGGGCUUGGUGGGGUACUAAUUGAGGUCUACAAGAAGUCAGCGGUUGACUGUGGAGCUGACGGGUCUCUCUACAUGAUCUACCCUGUGUGUCAUGCCUACGAAGGUCUGGACAGCGAAUACGAAUCGUACUUACUCGUUUUCAGUCUCAAUGCAACCGAGGCAUUGAAAGCUCUCGCCGACUGGAAGAACCAGAACUGGAUCGACAACUCGACGGACAAAGUCGUGACAUCAGUGUUGACGUACAACGGAGAGCUCGAAGGCUACGUAGUUACGGAAUUGACGCUUGUAUUCCACGCCGGUGGCUACAUCUCGCCCAAGGCUUCAGCUAGACCAACAAUUUCGAUUCCUUACGGGAAGAAAAGCUCAUACGUCAACGAUAUUCUAUGGCGCAAGCAAGAGAACCGUCCAUCUGGACGCAGUAUGAUCAUCCAACUCGUCGGUCUCUUCAUCGUUGAAGCUGUUGUGUGCGUGUACUACGCAGUCUGGGCUAGUAUUGCUACUCUGCUAAACGGCGAUGAUUUCCAAGACUCCCUCUGGAAGCUCGCAGAUCCUUACGCUCUCGAUGUCAACGGAACCGAAGACGACAUCCGAUCUCUCAACGUUGUCAUCGCUAAUCUAAAGCAGAUCGCUGAUCUCACUUCGGCACUUCGAGUGGUUGGCGCCGUCAUCAUUGCGCUGAUCGGUCUGCAGAUCCUCAAUCGAUUCCGGUUCCACCCGCAGCUCAACAUUCUCACUCGCACUGUGGCGAGCGCAUUGAAGCAAUUUGCGUCGUUCUUCAUCGUCUUUAUCGUCAUUUUCUUGACGUUCACGAUCAUUGGCUCAAUGAUCUUUGGCGAUCGAGCAAACGAGUUUUCCUCGCUCGACAACUCGAUGGCUUCAUGCAUUAACAUGCUCUUUGGGGUGUUCGACUUCGAGUCGAUAAAAGAUCUCCAGUUCUCCGUGGCUUUUUAUUGGAUCUACAUGAUCGUUGUCAGUCUCGUGUUAAUGAACAUGAUGCUGGCUAUCGUGCUUGACGCCUACGAUGAGGUCAGCAAAGACAGCUACAAAAAAGCUGUCAACACGGAGCUCGCGAAUCGCGUCGUGGCACUUUGUUGGGAUGUGGCGAACAUUCACAUUGAGAACGGUAUUCACAUCGUUGAAGCCCUUAAAUCAGGGGACGCAUAA